ACGCACAGAGGCAGCAGUGCAGGAUGCGCUCGGGAGGUGUAGUGGAAGAAAGAGAAACCGAGUAAAUGAGAGCAGUUUGUUCAGAUUGUUGGAUGACUUUUCAAAUCAGGUUUUUACAAUGAUACGGACACUGUGCUGACUUGCUGUCUGAGUAAAUGUCUACGGUGCUCGGUUAACUACCACAGGCCGACAGCUGCACCGGGUAACCACCAUUGAGAAGGCUGCUGUAAACCCCAGACCCCGGUCUUUGGGCUCCAGGCUCCUGCACAGGGCUGAGUGACGAAACGUUGUGAAAGGAAGGUGUAUCUCGCCUCGUGGGAAUCCUGGAUCCUCCACGCUGGCCAGCAACAUGACCAAUGUGGUGAUUGUCAAGGAGGGCUGGCUGCAUAAAAGAGGAGAAUACAUCAAAACCUGGAGGCCGCGGUAUUUUCUCCUGAAAAAUGAUGGUACGUUUAUCGGAUACAAAGAGCGACCGCAGGACGUCGAUCAGCUGGAAAGCCCCUUAAAUAACUUUUCUGUUGCACAGUGCCAGCUGAUGAAGACGGAGCGGCCCAGGCCCAACACAUUCAUCAUCCGCUGCCUGCAGUGGACCACUGUCAUCGAGCGCACCUUCCACGUGGAGACCCCCGAGGAGAGGGAAGAAUGGACCAAAGCCAUCCAGGCCGUGGCGGUCAGCCUGCAGAAACAGGAGGAGGAAAUGAUGGAUUCCUCUCCAGACCCAGUGGACAUGGAAAUGUACCUAACCAAACCCAAACACAAAGUGACUAUGCAUGACUUUGAAUACCUCAAACUCCUGGGAAAAGGCACUUUUGGCAAAGUUAUUCUGGUAAAGGAGACGGCCACAGGACGCUACUAUGCCAUGAAGAUCCUUAAGAAGGAGGUGAUCGUAGCUAAAGAUGAAGUGGCGCACACACUCACAGAAAACAGAGUGCUCCAGAAUUCAAAGCAUCCGUUCUUGACAGGCCUGAAAUAUUCCUUCCAGACACAUGACCGCCUGUGUUUUGUCAUGGAGUAUGCAAACGGCGGUGAGCUCUUCUUCCAUCUGUCCCGAGACCGGGUGUUCUCCGAAGAACGGGCUCAGUUCUACGGUGCAGAGAUCGUGUCAGCGCUCGACUACCUACAUGCUGAAAGGAACGUGGUCUACCGAGAUCUGAAGCUGGAAAACCUCAUGCUGGACAAAGACGGGCACAUAAAGAUCACAGAUUUUGGUCUGUGUAAAGAGGGGAUCAAAGAUGGUGCCACGAUGAAAACCUUCUGUGGGACUCCGGAGUACCUGGCACCUGAGGUGCUGGAAGAUAAUGAUUACGGCCGCGCGGUGGACUGGUGGGGUCUGGGUGUGGUGAUGUAUGAGAUGAUGUGCGGCAGGCUGCCCUUCUACAAUCAGGACCAUGAAAAACUGUUUGAACUCAUCCUGCUGGAAGAUAUCCGCUUCCCUCGGACGCUUGGGCCUGAGGCGCGCUCGCUGCUCUCUGGGUUACUCAAGAAGGACCCCAUGCAAAGGUUAGGUGGAGGACCUGAUGACGCCAAGGAAAUCAUGCAGCACAAGUUCUUUGCAGGAAUUGAAUGGCAGGAUGUUUACGAGAAGAAGCUCCCUCCACCCUUUAAGCCUCAUGUGACCUCAGAGACCGACACAAGAUAUUUUGAUGAAGAGUUCACAGCACAGACCAUCACCAUUACACCGCCUGGACAAGAUGACAGUAUGGAGUCCUUCGACAGCGAGCGGCGACCUCACUUCCCUCAGUUCUCCUACUCUGCCAGUGGGACGGCCUAAACAUUCCUCUGAUCCUCGUCACCUGACUGAACUCUGAAAACCUGAACCUCGUCCUCACCACGCGUGGAAUUCAAAAUACUCCACAAAACACGGACAGCUGUAUUUCUGUGCCUUUGAAGAGCGAUAACUCGCCAUUUCUUGGUUUUUAGGCUUCAUUCUCAGCAGGCUUCCUUCCACUAUAACGAGCGAGGAAAUACAGUUAAUUACACCACUGCCGCUAAUUAGCUUUAAAAUGAGUGUGUUAUGGACCUACAGCUUUGUGAACCACUGUUGUUGAGGGGUUGAUCACACGAGCAUUUAACGCCAUUUUCAUCAACGAGCUUCCAGUGACGCCCAUUCUGUUAGACCGUUAGCUCACUAUGCCACGUUAGCCGAGCCUGGCUCUGUCCAGACACGACCAAAUGUCGACGUCUCAACCUGAAACCCAUUUUUCUUCAUUCCAUAUGAUUUCCCCCCACUGAUAUAUUCUGUUUAUGUAAAAUUAAACUUUAUUUAAAUAAAACGGUGAGCACCUUCGCGCUGAUGCUAAAGCUAAACCCGCAACCCAAAACUUUUUUCCAGAUACAGAACAUGUUCUAAUUCCUGUGUUUAUUUUGAAUGUGAGGUUUUGAUCUGAAAAGUUCCUGCAACCUCUGAGUGGGUGUGUCUGUGUUUGACUGACAGGUGGCGUGCAGCAGCGGCAGCACACAGCACAAAAACAUCUCCGGAUAAAAACAAAUCAAACAAACUUUGUUCUUCAUUUUCCGAUCCUGUGUUCCUCCAGGUCCUGAGACCCGUUGGGACUCUAGCAUAAAGCGGAUGUGAGUCUGCGAGUCCUCCUGGAUGGGUCGCCAGUCCGCCAGGUGCAUUUUGUUCUUUAGAAGUAAAAAUGCGCUCCCUGGUCCUGUUUUGGUCACUGUAUCAUGACGUCACGUUUAAGUUCACUGAAAGCAUUUAAACAUGUUUGUGGUGUUUUAUGUCUGUGGGCGGAGCUGGCAAAAUCUGUGGAGUUUAGCUAAUAAAAAUAAAAGGAGUUAAAAUUUAGCAACCGAAAUGCUCGUGUGAACGGCCCCUUACAUUUUAAAUCUUCAGUGUAUCAAGCAGUCAACAUUCCUGAAAACAUCACACGGCAACGCCAUGAUGUAAAACUAACACAAGACUUUUUCCCCUUUUUUCUCCUGCAGUCAUUCUUCUGAUGAUUUGAUUGUGUAAAACAAAACAAGGAACAAAUAUCCAUUAAAGAAAAAGCUGCCGAGUGUCACGUUUGUGUGAAGCCUCUCGUUCACAGCGCCCUUUGACCUGCUGCAAGAAGCAUUGAUCCAAAUGCGUGCAGCUUUUAUUUUAAACACAAACUGUGCGAGAUUGAAAAAACUACAAGCUGCAAUGUUUUCUGUGUGUCUGUGUCUGUGUGUGUGUUUGUGUUUUGUUUGUUUUUUUUUGCGAUUAUUCGUGUUGCACAAAUGGACCAAACAUGACCGCUGAUGACUUAGGUCUGGGUGUCAGUGCAUGUGUUUGCAUGUCAGUGCGUGCUGUUUGCAUCUGCAUGUCAGUGCGUGCUGUUUGCAUCUGCGUGUCAGUGAGUGUUGUUCGCAUCUGCGUGUCAGUGUGUGUGUUUGCAUCUGCGUGUCUGUGCGUAUGUUUGCAUCUGCGUGUCAGUGCGUGGUGUUUGCGUCUGCGUCUCGGUGCGUGGUGUUUGCAUAUCCGAUCAUGCUGUUUGCAUCUGUAUGUCAGUGCACGCUGUUGCCGUCACUGUGUCCAUGCGUGCUGUUGCUGUGUCCGUGUCCAUGUGCGCUGUUGCUGUUGGCAUGCCCGUGUGCACUGUUUGCAUCUGCGUGUCCAUACGCACUGUUGCCGUCAGUGUGUCCAUGCGCACUGUUUCCGUCACUGUCCUUCCGUGUUGUUGCCAUCGCUGUGCCUGUGUGCUGUUGCCGUUGGCAUGGCCGUGUGUGCUUUUUGCGUCUGCGUGUCCAUAUGCACUGUUGCCAUCAGUGUGUCUGUGCACUGUUGUUGUCGGCGUGUCCAUGCACGCUGUGUUUGUGUACACAGUUCAGUUGUUCCUCUGAAAGCUGCAUGCCUUCAUUUGAACUGUCAGAGGUGGAAGAAGAAACUCCUUGUUGUUGACCUUUGGAUACUCCAAGUCUCUGCGUUUUGGAGUCGAGUUACUUUGCAGAGCACGUUAGUUUAGUAGUUGAUGAAAGACACAGGAAGUUAAACCUGCAGAAACCUUCACCUGACCUGAGCAGCAGCUUUGGUAAAAAUCACUUCAUCAGCAAAAAAAAAAAAGGUCCUUGCUCCACCCCUUUAUGUGGGUCUGCCUUGAAAUAUCAAACAUUCCAGAACUGGUCCAACACUUUCACCAAAAUUUGAAAUAUUAAAACAAAAUAUUUUAUAACGUUGAAAAUAAAAGUGUGGCUCUGCCCCUUUUUCUGGUUCCACUGUGACACUGAAUUUAUUCCAGGUUGGUCCAAACAGUUUCACGUGUCUGGGGAAGCCUGCAGCUUUCAAAUACUGAGUGUCUGUGCAAGAAGGAGGCUCGUGAGGGAAGCUACCAAGACACCAGUUAACAUGCUGUAUUAUCAAUUUAAAAAGUUGUUUUUCCUCCUAACUUCUGCUUUUUAAAAAUCUGUCUUCUGUGCCAGGAGAAGUUUAAAAAAAACAGAUCAACAACAAACUUCACAUCAGCUCUUGCAGAGCUCGUACCUCUGCCACAAAAAUUCACAGUUUUCCUAUUAAAGAGUAAACAUUUUACCAAAAUUUGUUGCUGCUCUGAUUACUUUUUUUUUGUCAUCCUUCUAACAAACUGAUGUCUACAUUUUAAUGGCUAAUGUUUUGGGAAAUGCCUGUAUGCUGUUGUUGCUGGUAUUACGUGGUUCCUUUGGCCUCCAGGCUGCUGUGCACAUGGUUCUGGUUUUUACUGAAAACAUUGCCCUGUUUUCUCACUGCUUCACUGGAAGUCAUCACAGGUUUUCCAAACUGCUACACUGCAGCCUCAGCAGGUCCACCUGAAUCAUCUGUUGAUGAAGAAGGCUUCAGAGCUUGUUAUUUAUGAGACCUCGUCGACAAAAAGGACUUUUACUGUGCCAGUGAUUCACAAGUUGCAGUUCAUACAUGGACAGAAAUAAAACAAGAUUUACUUGUUUGAAUCAUUACAUUUCAGAUCAUGGAAGCGAGACUGAAAUGAGGUUUGCAGAUGAUAGAAUCUUUAAAACAAAACAAAAAUGCAUUGUACGUUAUUGAAUGUAAUGGACUUUUUGUGUUUUGGAAUCUGAUUACUUCUUCCUAUGCACACUUGAGCUUUUGUCACCUUUUGAAAAUAGGGAAACUGGUUUUAUACUUUUUUGUUGUUUUAAAUCUUGACUUUUUGUUCCUUCCCGCUUGUAUUCCAAGAUGAGCUUUAGUAAACAAAUAAUAUAAACUUUGUACACAGUUUUUACUCUUCCUGUGUCUUUCAAAAUGAUGAAUAAAAUGUAUUUAAAAG